GCUCAUUGGUCAAAUUUCCAAACAUUACACAAGCUGUUUCAUAAAUGCUUAAUGCACGAAUUGUAUAAGAUACAACGCUGAGCUCAUUGCACAAAACACUGGUCUGUGCACUGCAGGGGGUCGCUUCAGAGCUUCUGCUGACACGGUUUUGGUCAUGUUGGGUUCAGGAUUGCUGCUCAUCCUGGUCACACUGUGGCAUCGGUCCGAUGGCCAGAACUCUGAGCCUAUGCUCCAGGUCGUAACACAGACCAUGCUGCCACCCGACAGUGUGCACAAUCCCACACAGCUCAACUACGGCAUGGCUGUGACCGACGUGGACGGUGAUGGUGACCUAGAAGUGGUGGUUGCAGGAUACAACGGUCCGAAUCUGGUGCUGAAGUAUGACCGCACCCAAAGUAAGUUGGUAAACAUCGCCAUCGACGACAGAAACUCCCCAUACUAUGCCCUUAGGGACAGGGCAGGGAAUGCUAUUGGAGUGACUGCCUGUGAUGUGGACGGAGACGGACGUGAAGAGAUCUAUUUCCUCAACACAAACAACGCCUACUCUGGACGGGCAACAUAUUCAGACAAGCUCUUCAAGUUUCGCAACGGUCGCUACGAAGAUCUGCUCAGCGACGAGCUCAAUGUAGCCCGCGGUGUUGCCAAUCAAAUGGCUGGACGCUCAGUUGCAUGUGUCGACAGAAAGGGAACAGGCCGGUACUCCAUCUACGUGGCGAAUUACGCUCAAGGCAGGGUUGGUCCACACGCUCUCUUAGAAAUGGACGAGACCGCCAGCGACAUGUCCAAGGGAGUCAUCGCCCUCUCUGACGUCGCUGCUGAGGCUGGGGUCAACAAGCUCACCGGCGGUCGCGGUGUGGUCGUUGGACCGAUUCUGAACCCGAUGAGGUCUGACGUGUUCUGCGACAACGAGAACGGCGCCAACUUCCUGUUCAAAAACAAAGGAGAUGGGACUUUUGUGGACAUGGCCCGACAGGCAGGUGUGGAGGAUUCGUUCCAGCACGGCAGAGGAGUAGCACUGGCUGAUUUCAAUGGUGACGGUAAGACGGACAUCGUCUACGGCAACUGGAAUGGCCCACACCGACUCUACCUCCAGACCAGCGACUCCAAAUUCCGUGAUAUUGCCAGUCAAGGGUUUGCUUCUCCGUCCCCUAUCCGCACCGUCAUCGCUGCAGACUUUGAUAAUGACAAGGAGCUGGAGGUGUUCUUUAACAAUAUUGCCUACAGGGGAAACGCACCCAACAGACUGUUCAGGGUGUCGAGAAGAGCUAAUGCAGACCCUUUGAUUGAGGAGCUUAACGUAGGAGAUGCUGCAGAACCACAGGGACGAGGAACAGGUGGAACUGUGACAGACCUAGAUGGGGAUGGACAGCUGGAUCUGCUGUUGGCUCACGGGGAGAGCGCCCAGCAGCCGAUCUCAGUCUUCAAGGUCACGCAGGGUUCAUCCAACAAUUGGCUGCGGGUCAUUCCUCGUACCCAGUUUGGAGCCUUUGCUCGCGGUGCCAAAGUAACGGCCUUCACCGCGCAGAGUGGGGCUCUGACGCGUAUCAUCGACGGCGGCUCGGGGUACCUGUGUGAGAUGGAGCCUGUCGCCCACUUCGGAUUAGGAACAGAUGUGGUGAACGUCCUGGAGGUCUCCUGGCCAAGCGGCACCACCAUGACUCGAGCUCUUGAGGCCGGAGAAAUGAACUCGGUGGUGGAAAUCGCCUACCCCAAAGAAGGAGAAGUUACCGUGCUUGCCAAUGACACGCAGUGUGGCAACGGCUUUGCUGUGACAAAUGGGCGUUGUGCAGCAGGUAUUUGAGGAAAAUCACAUGAAAAACCAUAAAGAGCUGCUGUGUAACUGUAGAGAAUAUGGGUUUAAAUGUUUUCCCUGUGGUGCUGUGCUUUAAAAAAA